GAGUGACUUGGUUUUGUAGAUCUCUGGUAUCCCAAGUGGGCGAUCCUACAGCGAUAUUCUCUUCUCUCCUCCUAUGCGCCUUAUCUCAUCCCAAGUGGUCAUUCUCUUUUUCUCUAUCACUGCUGCCUGCAAACAAAAGAUAUUUAUAUUGCAUUAAAAAGAUGAAAAAAAAGGGCAAGAGUGUGUGGUCCUUUUAAGUUGAACAUGAUGGAAUGGCCGUCUUUCUCUUUUGGGUAUCUUCCCAAAUCAGGAAACACUUUCUCAUCUUCCCUUUCCCAGUUUCACACCCUACCUCAUGGAAGGCUCUGUCAACGAACGUCUUCAUUUUGGGAAGAUUGGAUAUGGAUGCAAUCAUUACAGGAGAAGAUGCAGGAUUCGUGCUCCCUGCUGCAACGAGAUCUACUCAUGCCGUCACUGUCAUAACGAGGCCGCGAGCUUGUUGAAGAAUCCCUUUGAUCGCCACGAGCUCGUUCGCCAAGAUGUUAAACAAGUUAUUUGUUCAGUUUGUGACACUGAGCAACCUGUUGCUCAAGUUUGCACAAACUGUGGCGUCAAAAUGGGAGAAUAUUUCUGCAACAUCUGCAAAUUCUUCGAUGAUGAUGUUGAGAAAGAACAGUUUCACUGUGAUGAUUGUGGGAUCUGCAGGGUUGGUGGUCGAGAUAAUUUUUUCCACUGCAAGAAGUGCGGGUCUUGUUAUGCAGUUGGUCUGCAUGAUAAUCAUUUAUGUGUGGAGAACUCCAUGAGGCAUCACUGUCCCAUUUGUUACGAGUACCUUUUUGAUUCAUUGAAAGAUGUCAUUGUUAUGAAAUGUGGUCACACAAUGCACCAUGAAUGUUACCUGGAGAUGAUAAAAAAUGACAAAUAUUGUUGUCCCAUAUGCUCCAAGUCAGUGAUUGACAUGUCUAAGACAUGGAAGAGAAUUGAUGAAGAGAUUGAAGCAACCGUCAUGCCUCAAGAUUAUCGAAACAGGAAGGUUUGGAUACUAUGUAAUGACUGCAAUGACACAACAGAAGUUUACUUCCACAUUCUUGGCCAAAAAUGUGGUCACUGCAGAUCAUAUAAUACCCGCACAGUUGCACCUCCAGUUCUUCCCCAAUGACCAGAUCUCUUGGGUUCAAGAAGGGAACACUGUCAGCAGAAAGUUAAAGUUAGCACCCUGUUAUUACUAUGGAGGGUUAUUGAAUUAAUUGAGCAUCAAAAGUGAUUGGUGUAUUGUGUCCUAGAUAGUUUUCUUAGGUUAUUCUUCCUCCAACAUAUGGAGUGGGAUUGUUGUCUCUUGGUUAUUUAUUGGGCAGGUAUAAACAUCUUUAUACUGUAAUAGAGGGAAAACAUUUUUCCCGUCAUGAAUUGCUGGUAAUAGUGAUGCAUUGAUACUUGAUGAUUGAUUGCAUUGUCGGCCAUAGUGGUUUUCUAUAAUUUGGUUGAUGUUAUUUGAUCCUUGUAGUCUGUCUCGCACAUUGGGAUAAACUGUGAUUGUUAGUUUUGAUCAUUCUAUUCUCAAUUACAAAUGUAGAAAUAGUCGUCUUUUGAGGUUAAA